CCCGCGAGGGACAGGACACACGCAGGCACGUGGCGCCCAGCACUCAGCGCACCUCCACACGAUGGUGCAGACAGACGCCUCUCUCCCCAACAUGGAGCGCCUCACCUCUGCGCCCCCGGCCACCCUGGUCCUCAGCCUGGUCCUCGUUUCCUUCCACUCAGCUUGCUUGGCAGAGGCAAGCAGUGGCAACAGCUCAACCUUGACCAACCAGCACCCAGACCCUGAGACUCUGGAACAGUGCCACAAUGUGGACUUCUGCCCGCAAGCAUCCCGGUGCUGCCACAUCGGCGUGGAUGAGUACGGCUGGAUCGCCGCCGCUGUUGGCUGGAGUCUCUGGUUCCUCACCCUCAUCCUGCUCUGCGUGGAUAAACUGAUGAAGUUAACUCCAGACGAGCCCAAGGACUUGCAAGCAUGAGAUGCAGAAUGAGCCCUGAGAAUGUCACCCCCCACCCACUGGGGGUCACAGCAGGAAUGAAGUAGCUCCGAUGUGGCUUCUAGUAAGGUCAUUCUCACCUCCAAACUUCAGUUACUUUUAAAAGGGAAGAAAGGGUCUUCCAAAUAAGGAAAGGCCAGUGCUGCUGAUUUCAAGAGGCAGACGUCUGCUCUGAGCCCUGAUACUCUGCUUUCUCAAGAUAGUCUCUGUGGCAGUUGCUUCUGUUUUAACCGCCACUUUCUUCUGGGCUCUAAGGUGGGUGCACAAGGAACAUAAGACUUGGUCUUUUAGUCAACACAUUUGAAAUUAAACUUAUAUCCUUCUCACCGAGCACAGGCCAUUGUCAUCUGUCCCUCAUUCAGUCAAGGGCAUCACUGUCAUUUCAAAA